GUUGUAUAUCGUCACGGUCAUUUCACACUCUUUACCGUCUAUACUCUACACCAACAGAAUAUCUACUUCAAAACGGCAAACCCCUUAAAUCAGAAACCCUAACCAACCGAUUUUCCUCCGAGACAUCCAUGGAUCCACUCUUCCAUGUUCUCAACGUCCUACCUUUCUCCUUCCUCCGGCCACCGCGUCUCCGCCUCAAACUCCCAACCAUAACCCUCCCUUCCCCUAUGACCGUAUUCUCCCUCGUCCUCCUCACAUACUUCAUGGUUGUCUCCGGUGUCGUCUACGAUGUCAUCGUCGAGCCUCCAGGCAUCGGAUCGACUCAAGAUCCGCGAACUGGCACCGUCCGACCAGUUGUUUUCAUGUCCGGCAGAGUCAACGGGCAGUACAUUAUUGAAGGACUUUCUUCCGGCUUCAUGUUUGUGCUAGGCGGAAUGGGAAUUAUACUCAUGGACCUCGCGAUCUCCCCGAAUCGUGCCAAGAGUCUAAAGAUCUCGUUCGCUGGUGCUGGGAUCUCGUUCGUGGUUAUUGCCUAUGUGAUGAGUAUGCUCUUUCUUCGUAUUAAGAUUCCUGGUUAUCUCCGUUGAUUUAGAUUUGUUUUCAAUUGGAAAAAUGAGGCUUAUAAUGUUUACGUUUUAUGAUCAAUUAGACUUCUAGCAGUUGAAAUGUUGAAUACUCCAUUUCAUGCUUUGGUUAA